AUGGACAGGGCGGGUCUGGUAGAGCCUCUUGUACGUCCAGGCAAGUGUGAUUCCGCGAUGGAGAAGGUGGAAGCCGAGCGAGUGGAGAAUGUCUUGAAGACAACAGGUGCUGAGCGUGUGAUAGCCAACUACCUUCCUGGCAAGUUGGAAGAGGCAGGGUGGAAUGAGCGAAUGUUUGAGGAGUGCCGUAAAUGGCUGAGGACGAAUACAGCCAGUGGGCAACGAGUCUAUUAUGGACAAAAGGUGAGGGAAGAGUUUCGCGAACCCGAGGAUGUGGAUCCGCAAGAGUUGGUAGAACCGUUGACCAAGUUGGGCAUGUCCCUUGUCCCAAAGGAGGUCUCCACUGAAGCUGUUGAUUUGCGCAAAAUUGUCGCAUUUGGUGCCUGCUACUUUGCGAUGCUUAAACAAACGAGGUCUUUUAACAGUGACGUUAGUGCAGCUUCUCAAUCUCAAAGUAGCGUAAAUACUUCACGAAAAUCGGAGGAAUUUCUCUGCCAUCUUCCCCCUAAGAUACCCAAACUUGAAUUAAGACCAGCUACUCUUUAUUCGAAGCUUUUUGGGAAAAAUGACCCUGAAAAGCCUUUUGUGCCUCCAGAUCCCGAUGCUGUCCCGGAUAUAUCCUUUGUGAUAUCUCCGCUCAUUAAUUGUCGACCAUGGGUUGUGAUGGUCGAGGAGUAUCGCCAGAUCCUCCACCAGACUCUCAUUCCAGUGUCAGGCGCCACGACAGUGACGAGCAUGACAGUGACAGCGACCUCUCCGGCGGCCGAUGAUUGGUGCUCGCGGGUGAGCAACACCCCCUACCUCUCCAAGGGCUGGCUUUCCAAUCUCACCACCGCCGUUGCAUCCUCCACGAGCCGACGAGAGAAGAAGCGAGUACAAUUGGAGGAGGAGAUCAGGUUCUGGAAUAAUCGGAGGAAAGCGUCGGAGGAAGCGAAAAUAAACGAGUUGGAGAUGCGUCUGUCCUGCCUCCUGCGAACGCCGCCUGUCCUUCAGGACCCCUACCUCCAACCACAACCUAUUCCUCAGGAAUUGCCCUACAAACGUCCAGUUAAAUCAGCACUUCCGGUGCUCACAGAGUCGCAGAACGCGGAAGUGAUGCUGCGAUUGGCAGACGCAAAAGAGGAGACAGUGUUAGUGAACAGCUACCGACUGGCAGUGACACGACGCGAGUUAAUCACCCUCACAGGCACGAAUUGGCUCAACGACAUGGUGAUCAACUUCUACCUCCAAAUGCUCGCCCACCGCAGUCGACAGGCGGUGGUGGCAGCGCUGAUGGGCGCACUGAGGGUAGCGACGAUGAACAGCUUUUUCUACCCCAAACUCACCUCAGGCCCUGGCUAUGCGGGCGUGCGCCGGUGGACGCGCUCCAUUAACCUCUUUGAGUACGAUCUCAUCCUAGUUCCCAUUCAUGAUCGCACUAUUCACUGGUGUCUCGUGGCUAUUGAUUUGCGAAAGAAAACCCUUUCCUACUACGACUCCAUGGGUGGUGUCAAUGACCGCUGUUUGGAUGCACUUUUGAAUUAUCUGAACGCCGAGAGCCAAGACAAACUCCAGAAGCCACUAGAGGCGAUGUCCACAUGGAGGAAGAUCAAUAUGGGCACAUCUGUGCCACAGCAAAGUAAUGGUUCCGACUGCGGCGUCUUUCUUUGCACCUACGCGGAGUUCUUGUCCCGUGAUGCUGAAUUCACCUUCUCUCAGGAGGAUAUGCCAAACAUUCGGAAACGGAUGAUGUAUGAGAUCCUGACGCGGCAGCUCCUCACAACAGGAACAAGACUGGGAGAAGGCUGA